AUGUCAGAUGCUCUUCCACCACAAGAAGAUUUGGCAGUAGCUUCAGAAAAGCAUGUGUCUGGUAAUUAUGCAAGUGCAGAUAUUCCUUAUUCUUCGUCAGAUGUUCUUCCACCACAAGAAGAUAUGACAGUAGCUUCGGCAACAUGUGUGUCUGGUGAUAGGACAAAUGCAGCUGCUAAUUACUCAUUAACAGUUGCUCUUCCAACCCAUGAAGAUAUGGAAGAUCUAGCAUCAGGAGCAGGUGUUUCAGGUGCAGUUGUUAAUAACUCAUCAUCAGAUAUUUCUACUGCAGCAGCUCCACCUCAAAGUUCAGGUAACAGAAAAUUGCCUCUAAGCUUGAGACAACCUACUGUCAAAAGGGAGGAUUUUUACUACCCCCUCAACAAGAAAGGAUUGACAUCUGGUGUUAGGAAGGACUAUGUCUACUGGUUUGAGAUAAAAGAACGCAGCACCUUAAAACUGCAGCUUGAUAUCAUGCUGAUAGCAAUGCAGGAGGCCAUUGUCAAGGAAAUUAUUCAGCAGCAGCACCAUCAUUAUCAUCAGAAGCAGCAGCAGCAACAACAACAGCAACAGCAACAAGAACAGCAGCAGCAGUAUCAGAACCAGGAACAACUGGAGUAG